GGUUACAGUCUAGGGGAGCUCGCACGACGGGAGCUGCUCAUAUUUCACGUGUGUCCGGGUGCAGAUUUUUGCAAGCUCCAGUCUCGACGACUGUGCGAGGCCCGCGACUCCCGGUAGCCGGAGUUGGCGCUGGGGUGUCCCGGACCAGAACUUUCCCGCUGGUUGCUUUCCCUCGACACUCUUGCUUCAACGUACUUUCUCCCGUCGUAGCUGCCGGAGCAGUCUUCACAGUGGAUCCGGCACGAUGAACAGCUCCAAGGAUUCGAUCUCUGAGUUUAGGUUCGGUGUAUUCAAGAUAAGGGAGGAGAGGGGGAGAGAGCGCGAGGAGAAUGGGUUACUGAAGUUUAAGGUACAGCGGCUACUGAGUAAUUACAGUGCUUAUAUGAUCUUUUGUUCUUUAGCCAUGAACACCAGCAGUGUCGUUGCAUAGUUAAGCUUUCUAUCUUUCUCUCUUUCACUCUCUUGAACCAAGGUUUCAACUCGCCGCCUUUGACUCCUGCGGCAUUUCUCAACAUCAUAUCAGAAGAUGGGCAGGUGAUGGAGACAUCUGUCACGUGAUAGGGUGGGUAGGGAUAUGAAAGAGAUAUUUUUCCCUUCAAUGUGCCGAAGAUUCUAUGUUUCGGUGGCUUAUGCUUAGGUUCUCGGUGACAGAUUUUUCCAACCACCCUCUUCCCCUACAGCUUCACCGAAAUCUCAGCGGAAUUUUAGUCUUGCAUACUUCCCAUCAAUCUAUACCAGACUUCCGAUUUUCCAAUUCGGUAUCGCAUGCGACCAACAAUAUCACACUCUUGAUAUACAUACAGGAUUAGAUUUUUUCGAUGUAAAAUAGCCCAGCAGCCUUCUCAUUAUUUUCCUCAACAACGUCAGUGAAAACAGUCAUCUAACACAUUUCUUACGUGAGAUAUUGAACCGAAGACUAAUUAUGGUGCAUGCGAUGUGCGCAUCCAGCCAAUCAUGCAAACGUUGCUGUCAAAUUGGUCUGUACAGUUACAGGUGGAGGUUUCCCUCCUCAAUAACCUGUAGGCAUCUCUGGAGGAAUGCUGUACAGUGGAAUCAAGUGUGUCAUGCGUACUGGUGAUAUGAGAACUUUCGAUGUUUUUGAGGGUAAUUAUGGCUAAAAACGUUCGCUCUCAUUGGCAUUCAAUCCCUGCCGGAUCUCAAACCUCGUCAAAUGCUAGGAGUUGCCCGGUUAAUAGUCUCAGCGUACAACAUGACUUCACACAGGACUUGUACAUGUAGCACCCAAAGAUCUGGGAUCGCUUAUAUGAAGACGAUGUUUAAGUGAGGAAUUCAUGCAUCUG